AUGACUGGAUGGAGAUAUCGUUUAUCAAAAAGAAACGGAUAUCAACUUCCUUCGGAUGGUGAGUACGAUUACUACGUUGUCAAAGACAGACCACAAACGCAACGUUCAGCCUUUCCAAAAGUUAAUAAAGACAACGCAUCCAAAUCAGAAAAUUCGAUCAAUAGUAAAAAGCAAAAUUCUCAGCCGCAAAUACAAAAUACAUCACCAAGUGGUAUGAAAUCUAUGUAUCAAAGGAAAAAUAUUGCAAAUGAAAUUCCAUCUUCAGAUAAUCGAGGAAAAAUUAAAACUACGCAGAAUCUUGGCAAUGACAAUGUCAAUUCUGAGCUACGAAAUACAUUUGAAAAUGAUCAAGACGCUUUGAAAUCAAUUGAACGUAUUCAGUCUAAACAUGAUGGAAAAACAAGGGAAGAAAUUCGGGCGGAAAUGAUUAAACAAAGAAGAAAACAGAGAUUGAAUUCGAUCGAAAAAUUCGAACAUAAUGAAAGCGCAAUUCUCUUCGGGCCGAGCGAAAGCGACAAUAAUCUUGAAUUAGAAUGCUUUAAUAGCGUAAUUUCUACCGAAAUCGAGAUUCCUUCCCUUUCAGAAGAUGAUCAAAAAGAUAAUUCAGCCAAAAACACAAUUAAUCCAAAAAAUCAACGAAUUAGAACAGAUAAAGGAAGAUUUGCAGGUAAUUCAAGGAAAUCCAGCAUCAAAAAACCAAAUCAUGAUUUUAAUUCCAAUUCUUCAAAGAAAUAUCCGAUUCGCAAUAAAGGAAAUAACACAAUGCUCGAUUCUAUUGAAGAAAUAGAUCAACAACCCGUGAAACGUUUAGAUUUAGAAAAUAAAAAUUUACCUCAUCCGGUAAAAACUCCUCCUUUUGAGCUAAGUCCUAAAGGAAACUUAAUAGCAAGGAUGAAGAGAUAUAAUGACAGCACAACUCCAGUAAAUAAAGACAAAAGUAUUGAUAGUUUAGAUUCAUAUCAUCUUCAUUCUACAAAUGAACUAAAUAAUGAUGACACAAGCCAUAUAUCAACAACCGCAGAGAAUUCUGUAUCAAAUCGUUCACAUUACACGACUCCAAAAUAUCAACCACAUAAAAUACCAGAUUCUAAGAAGAACUUAGAGAAAAUCGAUCCAAUAGAGAUGGUUAAAACACCUGAUGACAGUAUUCUUGACGAUGAAAUCAUUCAAUUGGCAAAUGAAAUUGAAGAACAACAGAAAACAGAACAACAAACACCAAACAAUGAAUCAAGCCUUAGGAGAUCGAGAUCUAAACCACGAACUACAAAUAAUCAACGUAUAAGAUUAACAUCAAAAGAUCUUCCAAAAGAUUCAAUUGAUGAACUGCUCGAAAGCGUAAAACAAAGCGAAUCCAACUCAAAACAAGAUAACAAGAGUAAGAUUUCAUCAAAAACGAAUGCAUCAAGAAAAUCUAAAAAUCCAUAUUCACAACAAGAUGAUUCUCUAUUUAAUGACAGUUCAUUUGAGAAUUUCAGUUAUCCAAAAGGCAUCCAGAGACAGAAAACCCGUCAAAUGCCAAAGAAUAGUCCAUAUUAUGCAAAUGAUGACGGUUUAAAUAGAGUUAAAUCACGACUUGCAAGUAAAUUUGAUACUUCAACACCUCAAAAUCAAUCAUUCAGUAAAAAUGAACAAAAAGGAAACAAAACUCCAAAAUCAAAUCAAAAAAGUGAAAUAAAUGAAGAAGAUCCAAUGGCUACUCCUGUUGUUGAGACCAAGAAGAAAGCAGAGAACACAACAGAUCCAUUUUCUACUCCUGAAGGUUCAAAUGAUUCAAUUCAAUAUCACAAACCAUCAAAAGAAAAUGAAAAACAAAACCAGUAUAAAAAAGGAAAGAAAAAAGUUGUUUUACCUGAUGAUGGAAACUCUGAUGAAUCAUCACAACAUUUAUUUCCUGAAACAAAACAAGAAAUAAAUCAAAAACAAGUUAAAAAUGAUGAGAAAUCAAAGGAUUUUAAACCAAAAGAAGAAAAUAAACAACAAUCUCAAGAAGAAAAACCAAAGAAAGAUAAAAAACCAAAAGAUGAAAUCAAAGAAGAAAAAGUUCCUUCAGAAGAUAAAAAAUCUGAAAUUUCAUCUCAAGAAAAAGUUAAAAAUUCUUCUAAACAAGAAAAUCCAGAUGAAAAAGUUCCUACCGAAGAUGAAGAACUGAAAAAUGAUAAAAAGUCAAAGGAAAACAAACAACAGUCUCAAGAAGAAAAACCAAAAAAGGACAAGAAAUCUGAUAAAAAAUCAGAGAAAUCUAAAGGUGAAAUCAAAGAAGAAAAAGUUCCUACCGAAGAUAAAAAUUCUUCUAAAGAUGAAAAACUAGAAGAAGUACCUAAUGAAGAAAACAAACCGAAAAAAGAUAAAAAAUCAAAAGAACACAAACAAGAGAAAUUAGAAGAAGAACUAUCUCAAGAAAAAGAAACAGAUAAAGAUGACAAACAGAAAAAGGACAAAAAAUCUGAUAAAAAUUCUUCUAAAGAUGAAAAAUCAGAUGAAACCAAAGAAGAAAAGACAGAAAAUGUUCCAGAAAAACCAAAAGAAAGUGACAAAAACAAAAAAUCUGAUAAAAAGUCUUCAAAAGAAAAAGAGAAACAGAAAAAGGAGAAAAAGUCAAAGAAUGAGUCAGAAAAACAGAAACAAGAUAAAGAAAAAGAACAAGAUGCAAAUUUUAGUAAAACAAAGGAACUUCCAACAAAAAAUGAGAUGAGUUUCAGUUUUGAAUCUCCUGAGGCAGGAAAAGUUUCAAUUCCUUCUUCGCUGAAAGAGAAAGAAGUUCCUCUUUUGAACAUUUCUGAUACUCCAAUCUUUGAUGCACCGCAAUCACAAAGAGUUUUCACCAAAGGAGUUGUUCCUCUUCCUAAACAAGUUUUCCCUUCUCCUGUCCAGAUCAACAGAGAAGAGAAAUCAGAACAAUCUCCACUAACAGCUGAAAAAUCAUUGCCUUCAGAAGACGCAGACAAACAAUCUUCUCCAAAGAAAUUCAACAUCGAAUCAUCAUCUCUUUAUGUCGAAAGUUCUUUACCUCCUGAAGAAAAAGACAAGGAAAAGAUGGAGAAAAAGAAAGACAAAGACAAGAAAGAAAAGAAGAAAGAUAAGAAAGACAAAAACAAAGAUAAAGAAGAAAAAGAAGACAAGAAAGAAAAGAAAGACAAGGAGCCAAAAGAUGAAAACACUGAAGAAAAGAAGGAUAAAAAGGAAAAGAAAGAGAAGAAGAAAGAUAAAAAAGAAAAGAAGAAAGACAAAGAUGACGAAGAAAAAGUUGAAAAAGAAGAAAAGGAGCUAAAGAAUGAUGAAAAAGUUGAAGAAAAGAAAGAUAAAAAGAAAGAUAAAAAGGAGAAGAAAGAUAAGAAAUCCAAAGAAGAUAAAGAUGACAAGAAAGAAAAGAAGAAAGAUAAGAAAGACAAGAAACCCAAAGAAGAAAAAAUCGAUAAUGAAAAUAAAGAUAUUCAAGAUUUAUCUCAACCAGUUGAAGAUAAAGAAUUGAAGAAUCCAGACAAUGAAAAAGAAGCAGGUGAUAAAGAAAAGAAAGAAAAGAAGAAAGAAGAACAGCCAGUUGAAAAGGAAAAGCAAGAAGAAUUCAAACCUUCUGUUGAAGAAGAAAAGAAAGAUAAGAAAUCCAAAGAAGAUAAGGAAGACAAGAAAAAGAAGAAAGAUAAAAAGGAGAAGAAAUCGAAAGAUGUUGAUAAUAAAGAAGAUAAGAUUGAAAAACAAGAAGGAGAUUCGAAGAAAGAAGUCAAAGAUGACGAAACUAAUGAUAAAGAAAAUAAAGAGAAAAAGAAAGACAAGAAAUCGAAGAAAUCUAAAGCUGAAGAAGAAAAGCUAGACAAAAAAGAGAAAAAGAAGGAUCAAAAAUCUGAUGAAAAGAAGGCUGAAAAAGACAAUUCUGAAAAUAAAAUCGAGCAAGAAAUUCCUAACUUAAUAGCUGAAGAUAAAUCAUUAGAAAAUUUGGAUAAGAAAGAAGAAAAAAAGGAAGAUAAUACUCCUAAAGAAUCUGAAAAAGAAGAGAAGAAGAAAGAGAAGAAAGAGAAGAAAGACAAAAAGAAAGAUAAAAAAUCAAAAGAUGAAAAACCUCUUGAUCAAGAAGACAACAAGGAACCAUCUUCAGAAAAGGAUAAAGAAAUUCAAAAAGAAGAUAUCUUUCCAAAAGUUGAAAAAGAUUCUAAAGAAAAGAAAGAGGAUAAAAAGGAAAAGAAACAAAAGAAAGACAAAAAGAAGGAAGAAUCAGAAGAUAAAGAUAUCAAAGAACCAAAAGAAAAUGCAAAAGAAGAGAAACAAGAAAAAGAUUCUUCAAAGACAAAUAUUGUUUUUCCAAUUAUUGCUACAAAAGAAGAGCUAACUGCAGAAAAAGAUCUUCAACUAAACGAAAAUCUUUCAUCAGAAACCAAAGAAUCCCCUAAGGAACAACUUCCUGAAGAAAUACCAGAAUCUUCUAAGAAUGAAGAGGAAAAACAAUCUCCUUCAGAAAAAGAAGAAGAGAAAUCUCCAGAAAUUCCUGCUGAAGAUAAAGAAAACAGACCUUCUGAAGUUGAAAAUCCAACAGAGGAAGAAAAACCAAAAGAAGAAAUUCCUUCAUUAACAGAAGAUAUUAAAGAAGUUGCUCAACAAAUUUCUUCAGAAUCACAACCAGAAAAACAAGAUCAUGAAGAAAAAGAAAUAAAUCCAACCGAAGAAACUUCUAAUCAAGUUGAAAAGUUGGAUGAUGAUAAUCAAAAUCAAGAACCUGUUUCAGUUCAACCAAUUACAGAUUCAAUUAAAAAAGUUGAAGAGAAAAUCGAAAGCAAUGAAAAGCCUUCUGAAAAAGAAGAAGAAUCCAAACCAACAAUUCUUCUUCUAUCAGAUUCGAUCAAAGAUGUUCAAACUAAACUUGAUGAGAAAACACCAACUCCUCCAGUUUCUGACUCUCCUCAAGAUACCAAUGAAGAGAAACAAAAGAGAUCACCAAGGAAAACUAGGAAAUCUAGUUCUGCAAAUUCUGCUUCUGAAGAAAAUUCUUCUCCAGAUGAAAAAGUUGUCUCUGUUCUUCCAAUAGGAGAAACAAUUAAAGAAAAAGCCGCUGAAAUAGCUUCUAAAGAAAAAGAACCCGAAGAGGAAACAGCUAAUGUUGAACCAAAAUCAAAAGAAGAAGAACAAAAGGAUGAUACGAAAGAAGAGAAACAAUCAACACCAGUACUUUCAAUUGCCAAUGUAGUUAAAGAUAAUCUUUCUGAUAUCCAAAAGGAACCAGAAGACGAAAAACAACAGAAGGAAGAAGAAAAGAGUCAACCAAAUAAUGCAUCACCUGAAGAAAAACCAGAAACAAAAGAAAUUCCUCAACUUUCUAUUACAGAAGCAAUCAAAGAAAAUCUUGAAGAAAAACUAGAAGAACCGAAAGAAGAGAAACAAAGUCAAAAAGCCUCACCUAAAGAUGAGAAAAACAUAUCUGUUCCUCUUACUAUUUCCGAUAAUAUUAAAGACAAAAUCAACAAUGAACCAGAAGAAAAUGAAUCAAAGAAUGAUUUAUCAGAUGAUAAAGAAACAAAAGAAAUUCCUCAACUUUCAAUAGAAGAAGCUGCCAGAGCCAAUCUGGAUGAUAAACCUAAUAAAACAACAGAAGAUAAAGAACCGAAAGAAGAAACAAAAGAAAUUCCUCAGCUUUCUAUUUCUGAUUCAAUUAAAUUCAAUCUCGAUGAAAAACCAGAUGAAUCAAAAGAUACAAAAGAAGAAAAAGAGGAAGAAGAAGAGAAACAAACACAAAAAGAAUCUCCUAAAGAAGAUAAAAACAUUGUGGUUCCUCUUUCUAUUUCAGAGGCAAUUAAAGAUAAUCUCAAUGAUAAACAAGAAGAAAUUGAAUCAAAGAAAGAUUCAUCAGAAGAAAAAGAACCAAAAGAAAUUCCUCAACUUUCAAUUGAAGAGGCUGUUAAAAACAAUCUUGAUGAAAAAUCAGACAAACAAACAGAAGAAAAAGAAAAGGAUGAGAAAAAUGAAACACAGAAAGAAUCACCUAAAGAAGAGAAAAACAUUAUUGCUCCACUUUCAAUUUCUGAGGCAAUUAAAGAUAAUCUCAAUGAAAAACAAAUUGAACCGAAAGAGGAAAAGCCAAAUGAAGAGGAAGAACAAAAGAAAGAAAAUGAAGCUCCUCAACUCUCAAUCACCAAUGCUAUCAAAGAACAAAAUAAAGAACAAGAUGAUAACAAACCAAAAGAUGAAGUUCCUGAAGAAAAACCAGAAACUAAGGAAGUUCCUCAACUUUCUAUCACUGAUUCAAUUAAAGAAAAUCUCAAAGAAAAUACAGAAAAGCCAAAAGAAGAAGAAAAGAAAGAUCUACCUGAUGAAAAAGAAACAAAAGAAGUUCCUUCUCUUUCCAUUGCUGAUUCCAUCAAAGAAAAUAUUAACAACAAACCAGAAGAGCCAAAAGAAGUCAGCAAUGAAAAUAAAUCUCCAAGAAAGUCACCAAUUCCAAGUCCAAAAUCUCAACCAGAACAAAACUCAGAGGAAUCAAAGAAAGAUCAACCAGAAGAAAAAGCUCCAACAACUCUUUCUUUAUCUGAUUCAAUCAAAGACAAAAUCAAUUCUCCAAGAGAACCAGAAACAGAAAAACAAGACAAUAAUUCUGGAAGAAAGACAAGAAAAUCAAGUUCUGCUUCUCAACCAGAAGAAAAGCAGCAAUCAGAAGUUGACGAGAAACCAACAGAAAAUAAUGUUGUUAUUCCAUUUUCUUUAACAAAUUCUGUGAAAGAAAACUUGAAUAAAGAUGAAUCAAAACCAGAAGAAGAAAAGAAAGAUUUACAUGAAGAUAACGUUAAAGAUAAAGAUAUUUCGCCUCUUUCUAUCACAGAUGCAGUUAAGAACAGCACAAAUACUCCUCAAGAACCAAAGAAAAAGAAUAACUCUCCAAGAAAGACAAGAAAAUCAAGUGCAGCAUCUCAACCAGAAGAGAAACAACAACAAGAAGAAAAAGAACCAGAAAAGAAAGAAACCGCAGUUGUUGUUCCUGUUUCUUUGACAGAUUCAAUAAAAGACAAACUUAAGAACGAUAAAGAAGUGAAUGAACAACCAAAGGAAACUGAAAAUAAAGAAGAAGAGAAACCAGUUGAAGAACAAAAGAAAUCAGAUGAAAAAGUUGUUGCACCACUUUCUCUCACAGAUUCUAUCAAGAAUAAUUUAGAAAACGAAAAAGAAGAAAAGAAACCAUCACCAAGAAAAGUCGAACCAAUUAAAGAUGAAGGUGAAAAACCAAAAGAAGAAAAAGACAUUACAGUCCCUCUUUCUCUGUCACAAGCUCUUAAAGAUAAUGUUAAACCAGAAGAAAACAAAGAAAAAUCUUCAGCAAUUCCUGAAAAGCCUACACCAGAAAAAGAAGAAAAUAAAGUUGUGCCUUCUCUUUCAAUAACUGAAGCUAUAAAGGAAAACACAGUUAAACCAGAAGAAACUUCAGUGAGAAAAUCAGGAAGAAGGCAAAGAAAAUCAAGCUCAGCAGAUCCUGAAAAGAAAUCAGCACCAACUUCAGCAAGAAACAAACGAAAAUCAAGUUCUGCGGAACAACCUCCUGCAAACAAAGAAGAACAAAAACCAGAAGACAAGGAAACUAAAGAUUCUUCAUUAUCAUUAAAGGACCAAUUAACUAAAUCUCUAAAUCAAAAUGAAGAAAAAACAAAGGAAAAGGAUUUACAAUUGGAAAACAAUAAAGAUGAAGAUAAGAAAGACAAUAAAGCUGCUGUUGCUGCAGCUGUUGCAGCAGGAGUAGUUGGAGCUGCUGGUAUUGCAGGAGCUGCAACUCUUCUUCACGAAAAGAAUAAAGAAAAAGAAGAGAUUCCUUCAGAAAAAGAAAUCAAAGAGGAUAAACUAAACGAAUCCAAUCCAGAAAAUGAAAAACCAAUUGAAGACAAUAAAGAAACAGAAAAUGUUGAUAAGGACGAACCGAAAGAAGAAAAAGAAACUCCGAAGGUUGAAGAAACUCAUGAUGAAGUCAAUGAAAAAGAGGUAAAACUGGAUGAAGCUAAAGAUGAUUCACAUGAAGAAGAAAAUAAACAGACCAAACAAGCUGAUCUGACUCCAACUGAGGAAGAAGAAAGCAAAGAAAAGGAAUCGAAACAAGACGAAGAACCAAAAGAAGAAGAGAAGAAAGGAAAAGUUGCUGUUGCUGUAGCAGCUGGUGUUGUUGGCGCUGCUGCAGUAGCAGGAACUGCAGCUCUUCUUCAUGAAAAGAACGAAGAAAAAGAUGAGAAUCCAGCAGAUUCCCAAAAUGACAUCAAACCUACAAAUGAUCAAAAUGAAGAAGAAAUGCCACAAGCAAUUGAUGAAAACAAAAAGAUCCAAGAGCCUCAGGUAGAAAAGAAAGAACCAGAUCAACAAGAAAAAGCUUUCCACGUUGAAGACCAGUCAAAUCAACAAAAUGAAGACGAAAAACAAGAUGAAGAUCAUCCUGAAGAAGUAAAUGAACAAGAUAAAGCUUUCAAUAUCGAAGAAAAUAAUGAAGCAACACCAAAAGAGGAAGAAAAACCAGAUAAUAAACAUCGGGAAGAAGUAAAUCAUCAAGAAAAUGAAAAUCAUCCUGAAGAACCAGAUCAACAAGAUAAAGCUUUCAAUAUCGAGGAAAAUAAUGAAGCAACACCAAAUGAUCUCGCUCCGGAAGAAGAAAAUCAGCAAGAAAGCAAAGAAAUACAAAAUAUUUCGCAAGAAAAUGAAGAACAACCAGAAGGAAAAGAUGAAUCGAAGAAAUCUGAAGAAACUAAAGCUGACAAUCAAGAUGAAAAUGAUAAAGAAAUAAAACAAGAUGAAACUCAAGAAGAAAAUAAAGCUAAACAAGAUGAAGAGAUAAAACCUCAGGAAGAAGAAGAGAUCAAAGAAAAGGAAUUAAAACAAGAAGACAAAUCAAAGGGUGAAGAUAAGAAUAAGAAAGGAAAAGUUGCAGUUGCAGCAGGAGUUGUCGGAGCAGCUGCUGUAGCCGGAACUGCCGCAUAUCUUCAUGAAAAGAAUAAAGAAAAUGAAGAGAAUCCAGCAGACAAAGAAGAGGAAAACAAAAACGAUUCAUCGAAUGAAAUCAAAUCUUCAAAUGAACAAAACAAAGAUCUAACUAAUAAAACAGACGAGCAAGAGCCUCAACAAGAAAAGGAAGAAACAAAUCAACAAAAGGAAAUUGAAGAACUUCCGAAAGAUAAAGUUGAUUCAAAUCCAUCAGAAAAUGAAGUUGAUGAUAAAAAGGAAACUCAACCGAAGGAAGAAGUUGCAGUAUCCCAGCCAGAUAAAAAGAAAGAGGACAUCAAAGUAGAUCCAACUGCACAUUCUGAAGAACAAAAAGCUGAAGAAGAAUCUAAACCAGAUAUCAACAAUCAAUUAGAAAAUGCUGAAGAGCAAGUUCAAAGCAAAGAACUUCCUGAACAACCAGAAAAAGAAGUUCAAGAAACUCCAAAAGACGAAGAAUCAAAACCAGGUUUCAGCAAUCAAGAGCAGAGUCAGGAACUUCCUGAAGAUAAAACAGAUACAAAUCAACCAGAAAAUGAAGUUCCAGAAACUCCAAAAGAAGAUGAAAAAGCCGAAACUCCUUCAACUAUUCCAGAAAAUAAAGAGAAUGACAUUACUCCAUUGGAAAAAGAAAAUUCUAAAGAAGAAGAUGAAAAGAAAGAAAAAGAAAUCGAUCAACAUCCAGAAGAAGAACAUGAGAAAGAAAAGGAACCUGAAGAAGAAGAAGAUUCCAAAGACGAAGAAAAGAAAAAGAAAGGAAAAAUUGCUGCAAUUGCAGCUGCAGGAGUUGUUGGAGCAACUGGAGUUGCUGGUGCUGCUGUUUAUCUUCAUGAAAAGAACAAGAAAGAUGGAGAAAAUCAAGAAGGAAAAGAAGAAAUUCCUGAAGACCAAACCAAUGACUCCAGGGAGCCAACACCUCUACAAGACAAUGUUGAUGAAAAGAAUGAAUCAAUUCCUUCAGAAAAUCAAAAAGACGAAAAUCAAGAAAUAAAUUCUCCAAAUCAAGAAAAAGAAGUAACACAACAAGAAGAAAACAAAGAUAGUACGGAUGAAACACCAAAUCAGGUACAAGAACAAUCUCCUGAAGAGCAUCAUGAAGAUAAUGAACAGAAACAAGAAACUCCUAACAAUGAAGACGAAAAGAAUGAAGAUGUUCCAAUUGAAUCCGAACCUCCAACUAAAUCAAAUGAAGAAGUUUCAAAAGAUGAAACAGAAUUACAAGAAAAUAACAAUGAUGCUCACUCAAAAGAAGAAGGCCAAACACAAGAUGAAGAGGCAAAACAAGAAAUUCCUGAACAGAAAGAUAACUCCAAAGCGGAAGAAACUCCAAAUGAAACAAAAGAGGAUCUUGAACAAAGAGAAUUGCCUCAGAAAGAAGAAGUAACUCAACCAGAAGAAAAUAAUGAAAAGAUUCCACAAUCUAUGGAGGAAGAUACAAAUGAACAAAAACCUGAUGAGGAAAAGAACAAAGUAACUCUCAAUAAAGAAGAAGAGGAAACACCUGAAACCAAAGAUCUUGAAGUACCAGAAGAGAAACCAGAUCUUCAAGAUACAGAAAAGAAAGCUGAAGAAGAGAAACAAGAAUUAAAUAAAGAAGAGGAAGAAAAACAUAAACCUGUUUCCGAAGAUAAGAAAGAAAUUCCAAAUGAGGAAGAAGAGAAGAAAGAAAUUCCAACUGAACAGGAACAACCUCACAAAGAAGAGGUAGAAAUAAAUGAUGAAAAAUCAACAGAAAUUCCUGUCAUUACAAACGUUGAGCAACCAAACGAAAAACAUCAAGAAGAGGAAGAAAAGAAAGAAGAUAACGUUCAACCAAAUCAAGAAGAAGCUAAUGAAGAAAAUGUCAAAGAGAAAGACUUUGUUCAACCUCAACAAAAUGUUCAACCAAUUGAAGAAAAGAAAGAAACACCAAUCGAAAAGGCAGAAGUUCCUCAAGAAGUUCAAAAAGAUGAAGUCAAAGAAAUACAGAAUCAAGAAACAACAGAUAUUCCUCCUGAGAGUACUAAACAAAAAGAUGAUGAUGAAGAAGAAAAGAAUGAAACCAAUGAGGCAGAAGAAACAAACAAAGAUGAAGAGAAACCAAAAGAUAAUCUUGUAAAAGACGAAGAAGAGCAAAAGCAAGAUACAACCGAGGAGGAAGAAAAGAAAGAGGAAACUCCUAAAGAAGAAUCAAAUCAGAAAGAGGAAAUCAUUCCUGAACAACCAGCAGAAUUAAAUCAGGCUGAAGUUAAAGAAGAAUCACUAGAAGAAAAGAAAGAAGAGCUUGAGCAAAUUCCUGAAGUUCAAAAAGAAGAAAAAUCUUUAACUCCUGAUGAGAAAAUUAAAGAGCCAAAAGUUAUUGAGAAACCCGAAGAAAAAAUUGAGGAAGAAGAAACCAAAGAAGCAAAUGAAGAAGAAGAAAAGAAAGAAGAACUUUCCAAGGAUGAUGAAGAUAAGAAAGAUGAAACUCCUAAAGGAGUCGCAGUUAUUCCAGUAGUGCCUCAGAAAGAAGAACAAAAGCCAUCACCAGAGAAAGAAGAACCUGCAAAGGAAGAAGAAGAAAAGAAAGAAGAACCAGUUAAGGAAGAAGAAGAAAAGAAAGAAGAACCAGUUAAGGAAGAAGAAGAAAAGAAAGAAGAACCAGUUAAGGAAGAAGAAGAAAAGAAAGAUGGCGAAGUAAUUCCAAAUGAAUCAAAUGAAGAAAUUAAGGAUGAAGAACAUCUAAAAGAAGAGAAACAAGAUCCAAAGGAGGAAGAAGAAGUUAAAGAGAAAACGAAUGAAGAGGAAGAAGUAAAAGAUUCAACACAAGAAACUCAGCAAACACUUCCUAACGAAGAAGGUAAAGAAGAACCAAAAGAAGAGGAGGAAAAGAAAGAAGAUGUCGCUGUUAUUCCAAAUGAACCUCCAAAGGAAGAGAAACAAGAACCAAAAGAGGAAGAAGAAAAGAAAGAAGUUAAAGAAACUCCAGCAGAACCCCAGAAAGAAAAAGAUCUCCAGCUAAAGGAGGAAGAAGAGAAAAACGAAUUACCAGAAGAAGAAGUUAAGAAAGAACCUACUUCUGAAGAAGAGGAAAAGAAAGAAGUAUCUGCUGUUCAGCAAGAAGAAAAUCAAGAAAAAACUCUAAUAGAAGAACAAGAACCUCAAAAUAAAGGAAAUGACGAAACUCCCAAAGUAGUAGAGGAAGAAAAGAAAGAAGCAGAAAUAAUUCCUGCAGUUUCUCCAAAGGAAGAAGAAGAAAAGAAGGAACAAGCAAAGCACGAAGAGGAGGAAGAAAAGAAAGAAACAGAGCCUCUGAAAGAAGAACCAAAGCAAGAAAACAUGGAGGAGGAAGAAAAGAAAGAGGAAGAGAAAAAUACUCAGCCUAUUGAAGAAACUCCAAUGCAGCAAGAAAAUCAACAAAACACGUCUAAAGAAGAAGAGGAAAAACAAGAACUUCAGAAAGAAGAUGAAGCGCAAAAGGAGGAAGAAGAGAAAAAGGAAAUUCCAAAGGAAGAAGAGGAAGAAAAGAAAGAAAAUGAGAAAAAGGCCGCUGCUGUAGUAAUUAUACCAGAACAAAGAAAAGAAGAGGAGAAAAAUCUUCAUCAAGAAGAAGAAGAUAAGAAAGAAAUACCUGUUGAGGAAGAAGAGAAACAAGAAGUUGUUACUUCCGUACCUCAAACUAAGGAUAAGAAACAAGCGCCAACUGAAGAGAAAGAAAAGAAAGAAGAUUUGCCAAAAGAGGAAGAAGAAAAGAAUGAAAUUCCUAAUGAAGAGGAAGAAAAGAAAGAAGUUCCAAAGGAAGAAGAAGAGGAUAACAAGCAGGAGCCAAAUACUCCAGAGCCAGAAAAAGAUGAAAAGAAAGAUACACAAGAGGAAGAAGGAGAGAAGAAAGAAAUUCAUCACGAAGAGGAAGAAGAAAAAGCAAAAGAGAUUGCAGUUAUUCCACCUGAACCGCAAAUCGAGGAAAAGAAAGAACUUCCAAUUGAGGAAGAAGAAAAGAAAGAGACUCUGAUUGAAGAAGAGGAAAAACAGGAGAAAGUCAUAGAAACUCCACAAGAGGAGGAAGAGAAAAAGGAAAUUCCUACGGAAGAAGAAGAGAAGAAAGAAACAAUUCUUAUUCCAAUCCUACCUCAAAAAGAAGAAGGGCUUCCGAAUGAAGAAGAAGAUAAACAAGAAGAAGUCAAAGAAACUCCAAAAGAGGAAGAACAAAAAGAACCUUCUAAAGAAGAAGAAAAUAAACUAGAAUCACCCGCUGCUCCAGAACCUCAAAAGGAAGAACAACUAAAAGCUGAAGAAGAAGAAAAGAAGGAAAUUCCUACCGAAAAGGAAGAGAAGAAAGAAGCAAUCAUUCCAAAUCGAAAAGAAGAAAAUAAAGAAACACCAAAAGAGGAAGAAGAGAAACUAGAAGAAACAGCAACGACUGAACCUCAAAAGGAAGAAGAAAAUGCUCCAAUAGAAGAAGAAGAGAAGAAAGAAUCUCAAAAAGAAGAGGAGAAAGCUCCAACAGAGGAAAAAGAAAAGAAGGAAACCCCCAAAGAAGAAGAGGAAAAACCAGAGGCAGUCGUAACUCCUGAACCUCAAAAGGAUGAAGAAAAGAUUCCAACUGAAGAAGAAGAAAAGAAAGAAGUGAUUGUAACUUCUGAACCUCCAAAAGAAAAAGAACUAAAAGUUGAAGAGGAAGAAGAAAAGAAAGAAACACCAAAAGCCGAAGAGGAAGAAGAAAAGAAAGAAACACCAAAAGCAGAAGAGGAAGAAGAAAAGAAAGAACCUCAGGAAGAGGAAGAAAAGAAAGAAACACCAAAAGCCGAAGAGGAAGAAGAAAAGAAAGAACCUCAGAAAGAAGAAGAAAAGAAACCUGAGGCAGUUGUUGCUUCAGAGCCUCCAAAAGAAAAAGAUCUGAAAGCAGAAGAGGAAGAAGAAAAGAAAGAAACACCAAAAGCCGAAGAGGAAGAAGAAAAGAAAGAAACACCAAAAGCAGAAGAGGAAGAAGAAAAGAAAGAACCUCAGGAAGAGGAAGAAAAGAAAGAAACACCAAAAGCCGAAGAGGAAGAAAAGAAACCUGAGGCAGUCGUUGCUUCAGAACCUCCAAAAGAAAAAGAAUUUAAAGCAGAAGAGGAAGAAGAAAAGAAGGAAACAGUUGCUCCUCCGAAAGAAAAACCUCCAAUGAAACGUCCUCGUCCACUUGUUCGCACAAACUCAAACAAGUCUCACUCUUCCCUGCCUCCACUUUCUCCAAGAUCAGAAGCGAUGCAGACACAAGAAGAGGAAGAAGAACGUCCACGUAUCAACAAGAAUCUUCCUCUUCUCUCUCAGUUGGCAUCAUCAAGGUCUCAAAGAUCUUCAAGGGGAGCGAUGCCUUCUCACCAUGUUACUUUCAAGCCAAGAGAUUACGACAAGAACAUUGUUCGUCCAACAGAUACUCUUGUUAUGGGAAGUAACACUCUGAGAUCUUUGUAUCUCGGAAGUAAGAAGGUUGGCAACGGAGAAGAGACUAACUUUGCUCCGAACCAUAACACUACUGAUGCUUACCAAGAAAUGCAAAAUAAGGAAUUGCAGAAAAACAAACCAAAGCAUUUGUCAUUUGCUUCACUACAACAGUUAUCUCAUAUGGACACUGUUGUUAAAACUGCAAUGCAGCCAGAAUCAAGACCUGUAUCAAGGACAAAUCAGAAUGAUGACAUUCAGCAAAUUCAGAAAAAGCCUACAGGUCACAGAACACAGGUUAGAAAUAUUGAUUGA